AUGUCCCAGAGCCGGACGUCUGCCUUCUCGUCGCUGAGAAUGGGCGAGGUUGUCCGCGAGAAAGUCCAGGAUGGUCUGACCGGCGAGUACAAAGACUUGGCUUACACGCAAUGCAAAAUAGUGGGAAAUGGCUCUUUCGGCGUCGUCUUCCAGACCAAGCUCUCCCCAAGCGGUGAGGACGCGGCGAUUAAGCGUGUGCUGCAGGACAAGCGUUUCAAGAACCGCGAACUGCAAAUAAUGCGCAUCGUCCGACACCCCAAUAUCGUUGAGCUCAAGGCUUUCUUCUACAACAAUGGCGAACGUAAGGACGAGGUCUACCUCAAUCUCGUCUUGGAAUUUGUCCCGGAGACCGUCUACCGAGCCUCGCGCUACUUCAGCAAGAUGAAGACCGUCAUGCCCAUCCUCGAAGUCAAGCUCUACAUCUACCAGCUCUUCCGUUCGCUGGCCUACAUUCACAGCCAGGGUAUCUGCCACCGAGACAUCAAGCCCCAAAACCUGCUGCUCGAUCCUUCGACUGGCGUGUUGAAACUCUGCGAUUUCGGCAGCGCUAAGAUCCUCGUCGAGAACGAGCCGAACGUGUCCUACAUCUGCUCGAGAUACUAUCGUGCUCCUGAGCUGAUCUUUGGGGCUACCAACUACACUACGAAGAUUGACGUUUGGUCCACCGGUUGCGUCAUGGCUGAGCUCAUGCUUGGCCAACCUCUCUUCCCUGGAGAGUCUGGCAUCGACCAGCUCGUGGAGAUCAUCAAGGUCCUGGGCACUCCCACCCGUGAUCAGAUUCGCACCAUGAAUCCGAACUACAUGGAGCACAAGUUCCCGCAGAUCAAACCCCACCCGUUCAGCAAGGUUUUCCGCAAGGCUGAUCCGGCAGCGAUUGACCUGAUCUCGAAGCUGUUGGAAUACACGCCGACGCAGCGUCUUUCGGCGAUUGAUGCUAUGGUGCAGCCAUUCUUCGACGAGUUGAGGGACCCCAAUACGCUGCUGCCGGACUCACGCCAUCCGAACGCGCCUCCUCGUCCCCUCCCCAACCUGUUUGACUUCACUCACCACGAACUCUCGAUCGCGCCGCAUCUCAACCAGCAGCUGGUGCCCCCUCAUGUCCGUCCGGGCUUGGUCGCUCGCGGUCUGGAUUUCGAGUCCCCGAACUUCAAGCCUUUGACCAGGGAGCAAAUGAUGGCCCGCUUGGACUAA